AUGCGGCUGGGAAAAUCGUUGUCUUCGGUCGUUCCAAUACCAAGCAGUUCCGGAAAGCCGUUGAAGAUGCCGAAAGCCUUUGGAAAACAACAGUCCACCGAGCAAAACGAAAACGACGAAGAAGAUGCCUCCAGUGAAGACGAAAGUUCCAGUGAAGAAGAAGAAGACGAAAACGGCGAAGAUGUAGAGGAAGAAAAGUCUGAAAAGAUCAAGCCGAAGGACAAAACAGACCAAACGAACCGAAAUAGGCAGGGGCAGCAGCGAUCGGGGCCGACUAAAGCUCAACUGGCGGCGAGAAGUGGGGUCACUAAGAAACUUCCCACUUUCUCAGGAAAACCGGAGGAAUGGCCGCUGUUUUACAGUUCGUUCCAAGUUUCCAACGAAGCGUGUGGGUUCAGCGACGUUGAGAACCUAGUUCGACUUCAAGAAUGCUUGAAAGGUCCAGCCUUGGAAAUGGUACGUGGACAAUUACUUCUCCCGAAAUCGGUCCCAAAAGUCGUCGAGAAGUUGCGCAUUUUGUACGGUCGGCCGGAACAACUUCUGCAAUGCCAUCUUGAGAAGGUUCGGAAGUUAGAGUCGUCGAAGGCGGGAAAACUGGCCAGCUUCGUUCCCUUUGGGACCGCAGUGGAGCAGCUUUGCGAGCAUCUGGAAGCAGCUGAGCUGAAGCAGCAUCUGGUGAAUCCACUACUGAUUCAGGACUUAGUUGAUAAACUUCCCGCCAACGACAAGCGUGAGUGGGUGCGCUACAAACGCGGCAAAAAGCGGGUGACACUACGGACCUUCACCAAUUUUAUUUCAGAAAUUGUGGCGGAGGCCUGCGAAGCAAACGUGUGCCUGGACUACAAGCCGCUGAGCAAACCCGUUGCGGAAGCUCAGCUAGGAAAAGGAAGAGUCAAGGAGAAAGGUGCGGUCUACAACCAUGGCGAGUACACGAGUGGGGCCGGCAACGAAGAGAGGAAGAAGCAAAAGCCAUGCAGGGGUGUGAGCGCACGGAUCAUCGAUUACGGUACUGUGUGCCUCAACGAUCACGGAACUGCCCAGUGCAAGUUUAAACUGCGAUGCAACGUCGGUGAGUGCAGAGAAGCCCACAAUCCUCUCCUACAUCCGGUGCAAGGCGUAGUGAGCGCUCAUAUUCGGGCCGACAAUGUAACGUUUUUCCGGAUGAUUCCCGUGAACCUUCAUUGCGGCGAACGGACCGUUACAGUUUUCGCGUUCCUAGACGAGGGAGCAUCAGUUACGCUAGUGGAGAAAAGCUUGGUGGACCGGCUGGGAGCUGUCGGCGUCGCGGAGAAGCUCACGAUUAAAUGGACUGCCGAUAUCGCACGAGUGGAGAAAGAGUCCCGGCGGCUGAACCUCUGGGUGUCGGCGUUAGAUGCGGAUGAAAAGCUUUUACUGAAAACCGUGCGUACAGUUGGGAAAUUGAUGCUGCCCCAACAAAAACUGGAUGCAGAAGAACUUUCGGACCAGUACGCCUACAUGCGCGGACUACCUAUCCCGUCGUACAACGGACGGCCGGAAAUACUUAUCGGGUUGAACAACAUCCACACGUUCGCCCCGAUUGAGGCGAAGAUUGGUUCAGUAGCGGAUCCGAUUGCAGUGCGAUGUAAACUCGGCUGGACAGUUUACGGCCCGAGGCAAACAAAUACUGCUGAAGCGAGCGGAGCUUACCUAGGUGUACAUCAAGACGUCACCAACGAAACCCUGUACGACCUCCUUAAAUCCCACUACGCGUUGGAGGAAUCAGUGGUAAGCGUGCCGCGAGAAUCUGUUGAAGAUGAAAGAGCGCGGAAGAUAUUAGAGCUAACCACCAAACGAAUCGGGGAUCGCUUCGAGACUGGACUUCUUUGGAACACAGAUGAUCCGACGUUUCCCGACAGCUAUCCGAUGGCCUUGAAAAGGAUGAAGCAGCUGGAGAAGAGGCUGCUGAAGGACAUGGAACUACGUCAAAACGUCCACCGACAAAUCGAAGAGUACCUGGAGAAGGGGUACGCUCACGUGGCAACGGCGGAGGAACUCGCCAACACGGAAACCGGUAAAGUGUGGUAUCUUCCCUUAAACGUUGUCCGGAAUCCAAAAAAACCUGAGAAGGUACGGCUCAUUUGGGAUGCUGCUGCUGCAGUACACGGGGUGUCCCUCAAUUCCAAAUUGCUGAAGGGACCAGACAUGCUUGUACCUCUGAUGUCCGUUUUAAUCGGUUUUCGAGAGCGCAGAAUCGCUUUUGGUGGUGAUGUGCGUGAAAUAUAUCACCAGCUCAAAAUGAUCGUUCAAGAUAAGCGCUUUUUACGAUUCCUCUUCCGCAAAAAUCCUCAAGAUCCUCCAAGUGUCUAUAUCAUGGAUGUUGCCACCUUUGGGUCGACAAGUUCUCCUUGUUCAGCCCAGUUUGUGAAGAACCGGAAUGCGGAGGAGUUCGCCGGAGAUGGGUAA